GUGGCUUCAGGGUGGGGUGAGCUGCCCUGGGCUAAUGGACGAGUGGAGGACUCCCCAGUCAGUCUUACGCCGUCGCUCGCUCUAUAGUGAUGCGGUUGACCGUGACUGUGGUGGUCGUGGCGGCUGUGGCGUGGAAGACGGUGGUGUCGAUGUGUCCACCAUUGAACAAUGACAAGUCCACCCGCCCUGAGCCUUGCCACUGGGCUAAAAGUGAAGAGAACAGGGAUGCUUUCCUAGAUUGGCUAAUAGGAGGCUGCGAAAUCCAGAGUUCCAGAUGUAGUGCUGGUGAGGAUAUUCAUGCAGUAGAAUACGAGGGUUAUGAUGGCUGGUACAACAACCUCGCCCGACCUAACCAGGGAGCUGUGGACACUCCCCUGCUGCGCCUGCUGCCCCCAGCGUACAGCGAUGGCGUAUACCAGCCAGUCAAGAGAUCCACCAACCCACUCACCCUCAGUCAAAUGUUCAUGGCUGGCAAGAGCGGCAGUAUUUCCAAGGGUGGCAGGACGGCCUUCCUCGUCUUCUUUGGGCAACAGGUGGUGGAGGAGAUACUGGACGCCCAAGGUGCAGGCUGUCCUCCUGAGUACUUCAACAUCAAGGUCGAAGAGAACCACAGAUACCACACAGAUCACCCACACCUGAAGGAACUCCCGGUGCUGAGGACGCGUUACGACCAGACCACGGGCUUCUCUCCUAAUAACCCCCGCCAACAGCUGAACGAGAUCACGCCAUACUUGGACGGCGGGUUGGUGUACGGUACUGGCAAGGGCUGGGCUGACGUGCUUCGGACUUUCGAAAAUGGCACCCUGGCCCCCCGAGGCAAACUAGCCCCCAACGAUAAGCUCGGCUCAGGAUACCCGGCACAGAACACGCAACGUCUACCCAUGGCCAACCCCCCGCCCCCAUUCAACCACUCCCAGUAUGUUGGGAGAGGCUACACCGCCGAAGUGGAUAGGUUCUUUAAGCUUGGCAACCCCCGGGGUAACGAGAACCCCUUCAUACUCACCUUCGGUAUUCUGUGGUAUCGCUGGCACAACCACAUUGCUGAGUACUUGGAUAAGAGACAUCCCAGGUGGACAGAUGAGAAGAUUUUCAACGAGGCCAGAAAAUGGGUGAUCGCCACAUACCAGGCCAUCGUGUAUUAUGACUGGCUGCCUAAGUACAUGCGCAGGGAGCUAUCUCCAUACCAGGGCUACAAACCCACGACUGAUCCACAAGUGAGUCACAUCUUCCAGUCAGCAGCCAUGAGGUUCGGACACACACUCGUCACCUCUGGCGUUCACCUGCGAGAACGCGAUAAAGACUUAUGCGGGGUGAAGUCCUUCAAUCGCUAUGGCGAAGAGGUGGGAGGCGUCAGGACCUGCAACUCUUUCUGGCUUUCUCCGGAAUUUUUCACUGGCGAUCCAGGCAACUUUGAAAAGUUUUUGAUGGGACUAAGCAGCCAAGGUUCUGAAAAGGAGGAUCAUGUAAUUGUUGAAGAUUUAAGAGGUAAUGUGUUUGGUCCCUUGGAGUUCUCCCGGCGCGACCUGAUGGCUAUCAAUAUACAACGCGGACGAGACCAUGGGCUGCCAGACUACAACACCGCCAGGAAGCAUUUUGGCCUACAACAGCUGGAGUCCCUCAAUUCAAAUGAGUUCAAGAGAAAAACAGGCACUGAUGUAGAUGAAGACGUUAUCAAACGCCUUGAGAGUGUGUUUGGUAGCCCAGGCGAGGUCGAUAUCUGGGUAGGUGGACUUCUUGAAACCAGAAACGGCCCUGGACAACUGUUCUCAAAAGUCAUCCUGGAUCAGUUCGAGCGCAUCCGAGACGCUGAUCGUUUCUGGUUUGAGAAUACCAACAACAAUCUGUUCACGGAGGAGGAGAGGAGGCGUCUUCGGCAGGUGAAUAUCAUCGACGUUGUUUUGUCUGUGACCGACCUACUGCCAGACGUGGACAUCCAGAGUGACCCUUUUACAGCCGUCCACGAAAACAAUAGUGUCAGCGAAAAGUGUAAGCAAAUUCUAAGCAACCAGAAAGAUUGUCACUUGUUCGGCGACUUCACUACCACCUGUCGUUACCUGUCGCCGGUGGAUACCGUGAAGGAUAGCUGCUCACCCCCCGGGACGUACGACUACUUCGAUGGCUCCCAGACAUCCUACAUCUUAACCUUCACAAUAGUGGCGGGCGCCUGUGUGGGUGAGUGUGUGUAUGCUAAGGAGAGAGUGUCAAUGACUGAGAAGCGCUACGUGAAAGUGGUGCUGGAAGAUGGCGCACGACACAUCAAGGUGAACAACAUCCAGGGCCAGGUCCUGAGAACCAUUGAAUUUACAAACGUAAAGGAGAUUUUUGUCCGCCACCUGAAUGAUUACUGCAAGAUUGUUCUGUCUGCCCCUCACCACUAUGAUCUGUAUCUGAUGUUUCAAGAUGGCUUCCAUGGUGAAAAGUUGAAAGAUGCCCUGGAGAAGUACUGUGCUAACCUUGGGGUGGAAAUCAAAUAUAAAAUGGAGACCUGGUGGUCCAUCAAGAAAGGGGUGACGACCGUGUACGAGCGGGAGAAGGACCUGGCGCGGUUCUCCAGGACCGUGAUGGAACUCGCGUUUAAUAAAGACAAGGACGCAAGAGCUACUGCAGAUAUCUUGUCUAUCGCGACAUCCAAAACGUCUACCAAAUACACCAUGCAAAUGACUCGCGCUGAACUGGCCACCCAGCUUGGCAUGCUUCCUAACUCCAUCUUCAUGAAUCGGUUAUUCGAAAUAAUGGACUCGGACAAGAGCGGCUUCAUCACCAUCAAGGAAUUCUGGGAUGUGAUGCUUGUGUUUGCUCAGGGCACACCAGAAGAGAAGGCCAAACUCAUGUUCGACAUCUACGACAUCUCCAAUUCAGGAAACAUCUCCUCUGACGACCUUCGGAAAAUUGUCAAGGCGACCAUGGGCAGCGAGGCCAACAACCAGGACUUAGAUCAGGUUGUUAACAGUAUGUUGCAGUCCAUCGGUCUCAGAGAAGGACAGAACAUUGAUUAUGACAACUUUAAGAAGAUAAAUAGCGCUCAGGGCAACAUAUUUGAGAAUGUGAACAUUGAUAUAACACAAACUACCUCGGGUAGGAUGACUCGAGGCUUCAGUCUAUACGGCUACGUGCCUAAGGGAGGCUUCGCUGCCAAAAGUGUCAAGAAAUCUGACGACAUACAGGUUCCCGAGGAAGAAAACACCGGUGAAGCAGUCGUGACUGGCCCUGUCCGGAAACAGUGGAAUAUCAUGAUCAGCAACAUUAAGGUCAACUCUGUGUUCUGGUUCUGGGGAUUUCUCUACACCAUAGUCAUGCUCCUCAUCUUCGCAGAGAGAGCCUACUAUUAUUCGGUGGAGAGGGAGCACUCAGGUCUUCGUCGCAUCGCUGGCUACGGCGUAACAGUGACCAGGGGAGCAGCGUCUGCCAUGAUGUUCACUUACUCCUGCCUCCUAGUUACCAUGUGCAGGAACCUGUUCUCUUUCCUCAGAUCCACUGCUGCCCACCGCUUUCUGCCUUUUGACUACAUGAUAAAUUUUCACCGCUACAUCGGGUUCUGGGCGCUCAUCUGGACGGUAAUACACGUCAUCGGUCACGCAAUCAACUUCUACCAUAUCUCCACCCAAACGCCACCGGACCUCACCUGUCUUUUCCGGGACUUCUUCAGGAGAACUCACGUACUACCAAAGUUCCACUACUGGUGUUGGGGGACCGUGACGGGGUUCACCGGCGUGCUUCUCACCUUACACACCGCCCUCAUCUACUCCUUCGCCUACUUCGGGAGGGACAAUUUCUUCCGCUGGUUCUGGCUGACACACAACACCUACCCAGUUUACUACAUGCUCUUCAUUCUCCACGGUUCUGGUAGGCUUGUGCAGCCUCCCUUUUUCCACUACUUCUUCCUGGGCCCGUGUAUCCUCUUCAUCCUGGACAAGUUAGUGUCGAUCAGCAGAAACACGAACGAGAUUCCCGUCAUCAGCGCUAAGCACCUGCCUUCCAAUGUAAUUCGACUUGAGAUUCAAAGACCCUCCAACUUCAACUUCCAAUCCGGACAAUGGGUGAAGAUCGCCUCUACCGGCAUCCAGAAUCAGGAGUAUCAUCCCUUUACGCUGUCGUCAGCGCCCCACGAGGAGAACCUGACGCUGCACAUUAGAGCUGUGGGUCCCUGGACGAGGAAGUUGACCGAAGUGUACCCAGAUAAAGCCCCCGGUGUCAAAUAUCCAAAGAUCUACAUGGACGGCCCAUUCGGUGAGGGCCAUCAGACGUGGUGGGACUUUGAGGUGGUGGUGCUGGUCGGGGGAGGGAUUGGGGUGACGCCCUUCGCCUCAAUCCUGAAGGACAUCGCCUUCAAGCUCCAGCAUUCCAAGUCGCUUUAUAGGACCAAGAAAGUUAUCUUCCUGUGGACGACGAGGAGUCAGAAGCAAUACGAGUGGAUGACAGAAAUCCUGAACUCGGUUGAGGAGCUGGACAAGGAGGGCAUUAUUAGGAACCACAUCUUUAUCACCCAGUUCAAGAGCAAGUUUGACCUCCGCACCAUCAUGCUGUACAUGGCUGAGCGACACUUCCAGACCGGGUCGGGCAUCUCCCUCUUCACUGGCCUCCGCGCCAUUACCCAUUUCAGUAGACCUAACUUCCCCGCUAUAUUCCACGCCAUCAAAGAGCGGUACAACAAUAUAUCUACCAUCGGUGUGUUCACUUGCGGACACCAAAGCCUAAGUGCUUCAGUUGAGCAGGGGUGUCAAGCUGCCAACAAGGAGUCCGGGCCGAGCUUCAGACAUUACUAUGAAAACUUCUAAAUUAAACUGAGAUUGUCUGAAUAACUUUCUUGGCAAUCUCUAAAUUACUUUGAGUGCUGUUUCGUAACUCUGAGAAUUUACAUUACAUUGAAAACUUAAUCACUUGAGAAUUGUUUUUGACUCCAAAAUAUUUAAUUUUAUUUUUUCAAAUUACUGUCAGAUGCUCAGAACCUCUUAUAAAACUUCUAAAUCAAUUUGAGAACUUUCCAGUUACUCCAAUAACUCCUAAAUCGCUCUCAUAACUUCUAAAUUGCUUUGAAAUAUUAUAAAUGAACUGGAAAUGUCUAAAUCAUUUUGAUGACUCCCAAAUUGGUUUAAAACCUCUGCAUUAAAUAUAAUUUCCUCAUCAAUUAUCUUACUAAUACUAAAAGGUGUGUUUAGUGUGUCGUGGUCACCUGUGUGUUUACCAUCAAUCAACAGCACCACACUGCCCCUCGAGUGGUGUCAGGUCUUUCUUUGGCUCUAACUUUCUCAAGGAGAUAAUUCGAUGAUUUUUUUUCUUCAAACAAACAAUACUUUAAUACUGUUUAGAGGAUUUAAAGACACCGUUGAAACACCGAGUCUGUAAGGCUGUCCCGACACACAGCCGGUGACACUGCCUGUUUACCCAAUAUGGUAUCGAUGGUAUUGAUUGUCUUCGAAUAUUGUUGAUUAAUGUUUCAUAGCAACAUAUAAUUAUAUUCCUACAAAAUAGAAAGGCAUCUCAGACAAUAAAUAAUAGAUAAAAAACCCAAACCUGAUAGUGAACUGACUUUACUGAAACAGGAGUGGAUCAUUUUGUGCUGUGUGGCGCCAGGUUUACAAUACACACGUGCAUACAAGGUGAUGUUUACAUUUCUUAUCUUUAAGUUUAGUUAGAAAUACCACACACACACACACACACACAAUAUAUCAGUUUACCCUUUUUGCUAGACACUGUCGUAAGGUUUAAUAUCUCUCACUGGAUGUAUAUUUCUCCUGAGAGAUUUUUGUACUUAAUUCUUCUCUUAUUUAAAUCAUGGGUUAUGAAAAAAAGUUUGAAAUGAUAAUUCAUAAAAUAAUAAAGUAAUGAGUAAAUGAGACUAAAGAACAAAGGAGACUUCCUCUUGGGAACUAACAACAUUGAUGGUGAUGUUUGUAUGCUGUAGUGAGUAAACAUUCAUGUUCUAUUGACACAUAAAUUAAUUGAUAUUGUCCAAAUACUGUUAACCUUAGAGUUACCUAGAGAAGUGCUGACAAAUUUCAUAGUUAACUAGGAGCUUUGUAGUGUCUCUUUUUAAUGAAACUAUUAUAGUAUAUUGUAAGUCAUGAGUGAUGUAGUAACGAAGCUAAGGACAAGACUGAUCAAGUUUAUCAUAUAAGAUGAAGGUCAAAUGGGCCUCAGUCGUCAUGGUCUGAGCUCCAUAAGGCAAUGCCCUGCCCAGACCAUGAAGAGAGGGGUCCAUGAUGACGAGAGACCAUUUGAACAGUUACCACUGUAGUUAUGGUGAUAUUGUUGUUUGGUGGCUGGUUGGCUGGUUUUUGGUAAAGCUUGACGUCGACCAGCUCAGUGAUGUUUGAGUCUCAUUUGAGUUUAAAUACACUGUUAAGGUAA